AUGCAGACAGGAAGCAUUCCCCUGCUGUACUGGCUGCUGUUCCAGUUCCUGGUCUCGGAGCACGCGAAUGCCUGGGAGGCCCGUGGGGCUCAGCGUGAGAACAGCACAGCCCUCCCCACUGGAUCCGGUGUUACUUCCAGUGAGAACAGCACAGCCCUCCCCACUGGAUCCGGUGUUACCCCCGGCGACAACAGCACAGCCCUCCCCACUGGAUCCGGUGUUACUUCCAGUGAGAACAGCACAGCCCUCACCACUGGAUCUGGUGUUACUUCCAGUGAGAACAGCACAGCCCUCCCCACUGGAUCUGGUGUUACCCCUGGCAACAACAGCACAGCCCUCCCCACUGGAUCCGGUGUUACCCCCGGUGACAACAGCACAGCCCUCCCCACUGGAUCUGGUGUUACUUCCAGUGAGAACAGCACAGCCCUCACCACUGGAUCUGGUGUUACUUCCAGUGAGAACAGCACAGCCCUCCCCACUGGAUCCGGUGUUACCCCUGGCGACAACAGCACAGCCUUCCCCACCACUGGAUCCGGUGUUACCCCUGGUGACAACAGCACAGCCCUCCCCACUGGAUCUGGUGUUACUUCCAGUGAGAACAGCACAGCCCUCCCCACCACUGGAUCCGGUGUUACCUUCAGUGAGAACAGCACAGCCCUCCCCACUGGAUCCGGUGUUACCCCCGGCGACAACAGCACAGCCCUCCCCACUGGAUCCGGUGUUACCCCUGGCGACAACAGCACAGCCUUCCCCACCACUGGAUCCGGUGUUACCCCUGGUGACAACAGCACAGCCCUCCCCACUGGAUCCGGUGUUACCUCCAGUGACAACAGCACAGCCCUCCCCACUGGAUCCGGUGUUACCCCCGGUGACAACAGCACAGCCCUCCCCACUGGAUCCGGUGUUACUUCCAGUGAGAACAGCACAGCCCUCCCCACUGGAUCCAGUGUUACCCCCGGCGACAACAGCACAGCCUUCCCCACCACUGGAUCCGGUGUUACCCCUGGUGACAACAGCACAGCCCUCCCCACUGGAUCCGGUGUUACCUCCAGUGAGAACAGCACAGCCCUCCCCACUGGAUCUGGUGCAACCAUAGGAGGCCCGGACACCCCUUCCCCACCCGGAAGGCACACAACUUCCGAUGUGCUCAGCGUGGGGCCCGCUGGCUCCCUGAAGCCCUGGGAGAUCUUCCUCAUCACGCUGGGCUCGGCGGCAGUGGCCGUGGGGCUCUUCGCCGGGAUCUUCCUCUGCGCGAGAGACUCCCUGUGGCUGAGAGACGCCGUUGCCGCUGUCUACCGUCCCCAUGACCUCCACGGGGGCCCGGGGCCCGGGGGCCGGGAGGAUGCCCACUACAGGCCGAGGCGGAGGAGACAGGUGUCCGCUGCAGCGCUGGAGAUGAGAGGGCCCUACCCAGGGCCCUGAGCGGGAGGGCCACGCCUUCCUGAG